CCACACCAACCAAACUCCCUUGUUGUGCCUCUCCCUUCUCAUUGACCGCAUAAGGCCUGCCGCUUGCCUAGCCCGAAGUUGUGACGUACUUCAUCGGCGGGCACUGAGCGACAAGAUGGCGAUGCUCCUUUUACAUCUUCUGAGAACCUGUCCUCCUUCGGAAUCAAGGUCCAAGACCAGCUCCAUCCCCAGCACGGCCCGCAAUGGCGACAGUUGAUUCAAGACCAGACACUAAACCUUCUCCUCCAGAUGUGCGUGCCAUUCAGGGCUCGAUACCGCAGUCCAUGCUGGGCUGGCUGCGCGAGACUCCAAGUGAGACCCCGAUCGAAGAGAUCCGCCGUCGCCUGUUUGAGGAUGAGUAUGUCUUCGUCAAGGGGCUCCUACCGCGAGACGAUGUAUUGAAGACGCGGGGACACUAUUUUUCCCAGUUCCAAUCCUUGGGCCUGCUGAAGCCAAAUACCGACCCAGUGGAUGGAAUCUACAAUUUGGCUGAGGAUAUCUCGUUGCACAAUGGAAUUGGCGGUGGAGGUCCAACAGGUAACGAAGAACUUGAGCAGCUGGUGAAAGCCCACGUGCAACGACCUUACCUCGACUUCGUGGCGCACCCCAAGCUGCGCGAAAUGGUCCGCCAUAUCAUGGGCUGGGAGGAAGAGGUCCUCGUCAAGAGAACCAUGCUUCGGCACAAUAUCCCCGGAGGUCAAAGCACUGGCGUUCAUUACGAUCAGCUCUUCCUCCGUGGAGGGCAUGCAUUCUUCUUGACGGCAUGGGUGCCCAUCGGGGACGUCACGGCCACAGGAGGAGGGCUUGUUUAUUUAGAAGACAGCACCGUCCUCGGCAAGGCCAUUGAGGAUGAUUUUGAGGUGCGCGCCAAAGACUUCACUCUCGAGGAGAAGGUAUCUGCCUUCAAUCGCAACAUGUCCGCCACAGGCGUUCUCUCGAUGGAUCCAGUGGUUUUCCAGCAAAACAAUGAGCACCUCGCCCAGAAGACGAAAUACCGUUGGCUUGUCGCGGAUUUCGAGGCUGGUGAUGUGGUUUUCCAUCUACCAUACACUAUUCACACCGCAGCUGCCAACGAUGAUCCUGAAGGCCGCAUCCGGCUGAGUACUGACCUCCGCUUCUAUGACAAGAAAGACGUUGAAGCAAACGCUACAGACGAACGUUGGAACAAAUAUUGGACACCAGAUGAUGGGCUUUAGGGAUCGUGAUGAUGGACGGCUCCAUAAUAGCAAUUGACAGAGUGCCAGCACGACGGCGACAGAAGCCUUAUUUCCCCCUGCUCCCCAU